AUGCAAUGUCUCACGCAGCUCACCCAAUUUUGCACGCUCGCUUCUCAAAACAAGAAGAUCAAUAGUACUCAACAAGAACAAAUCUAUCUGCUCUGGACCGAUCUCGCACGUAUUUUGGAGAAUUGUUCCUUCGAUAAAUUGGAUAAGAAUGUUGAAGUUACACUGAUGAAAUCGGUUUCGUUUUUGACCAACAUCGGCAACUCUGUACUCACAAGAAGACUGAUUUGUAGAUGUUUCAACAAAUUCUUCAACAUCAAUCCAAGCACAUUGAUUCCUUCCGGAUCAAGCAAAAUACUACAAUUGUUGGAACAACACUCAAACGCCACUCGGAACCCACAGAAAAUUAACGAAAUAGCCUGUUUGUUGGACAUACUGGGAGAAGCCUACUCGAUACAGUCCCAUCUAGUGCCGAACCUAUUCAAUCUCAUCAACAAUAAUUUAUUUUGGAAAUUAUGGAAAUUGAAUGACGAUCCUAUUAAAGAGGCUAUAUUAAUGUUAUGCGCUAAAUACGUAGCCAACUCAAAGAAGAGAGUGAAGAAUGAGUGGACAGAGUACUUGAAAUUAAUAUUAAAAGGUACUCAAGAAACAAACAAACACGUCAAAAUUGCCUGUGGAGAAUUAAUGUUAUCUAUCGCAGUCAAUUAUGCAAGACCGUCAGAUGUGAACCUAAAAGUUUUCGAUACAUCUCUGAACAUGUGUUUGAAGAGUAUGGAAGACACCGAAGAAGAAGUUCGAAAGGUUUUCAGCCAUGCUGCCGCCCAGUUGCUACUUUCUUGUAUGAGUGACACUGGCCUCCAUGAUUCUGUUGCCAAUGAAGACGGAGGCAUUACUCCAAGAUCUCAAAAGCCUUCAAAAGAAUAUACUUGUAGUUAUGCUAUCAUGAUUGCUACAGCUCCUUUUACGAGAAUAGGUCAAACAAAAGAAUUGAGAUCAGCAAUAGCGUCAUGUAUAAUUUAUUUCUUCUCGAAAUGUCCUGAGGAUGUAAUCAUAUCAAAUAUGGAUACAAUUGUGAAAAAUUUGACUGGUUUAAUUUCUAUUAGCUCCAACAAUAUCACCAACAAUGACAAGAAAUAUGCUCAAACUUAUGUCACUAAAAUGCUUAGUAUUGGUCUGAUUGACAGACUUACAGAAGCAGGAAGAAUAUCUUUAUUGAACAAUUUGGUUCAAUUAGUGAUCAAUAAUACCGUCGUCCCAAAUGAUAGUUGUUUUACUACGGUAUUAUAUUGUAUUGGUAAGCUAUGCAAAGUCUUGGGAGAGUGUGUUGCUAAAUAUAGAGACUCUAUUCUUGAUGCAAUUUUGCAAAGCUUGAAAUAUCCAAUUGAAAGUGUGAGAUAUGUUGGAUCUUUGACAAUUAAGCAACUAAUGGAAGCUCUUCCAUCACAUUCUACUGGAUUAAUAAGUGCAUUAAUGAAUAUGGUUCAAAUUGAUCAUGCAGAGUUGGCAACAGCAUCCAAAAGAGAUGAGAAUAUCAAAAACUAUGCAAAUUCACUUCAUGGACACUCUUGCGCGCUUGCUGCGUUGAUAAUGGUUUCGGCCAAACACAGUCUUACCAUUUCACAUGCUCUUUGUUCUGCAGUUUUAGAUACUGCAUCGCUUCUAGGAAAGGCUGCUCAUAAGUCAGCUGAUGACCUCUAUGUUUCUACAAAACGUCAAGAGUCAUGCUGGAUUCUAGUAUGUGCCAUUCUUUCCUUAAACGAUUAUUGGGUGAAAAAUAAUUUGGAAAAAAUCUUAGAGCUUUGGGACGAUACAAUGAGUGGAAAAUAUGAGGAACCUAUCACCUAUUCAACCAAGGAAGAAGAAAUCACUUACAGACUUAGAUCAAGAGCAUGUUGUUUGCUCUCAUUACAAAUUUUUAUUAUGAACUGCAUUCCUCUCUUAACACCUGAAAAGCUCAAUUUAAUUUUCGGAUACAUUACAGCAACAGUCGAUUUACUUUCCUCUUUACCACCAACAUUCAAACCAACCACAUCAACAGGACUUUACUCGAUUAACUUGAUCAAAAUGAAUCUUUUCAAUUUGGUUGGUAAGCUUCAGAAAAUGUGUUAG